UUUCUGUUCUCUCUCUCGCUCAUCGCUUUGAAAAGUAAUUUUUGUGGACCGCGAAGAAAGAAGGAAAGCUUUUUUAGUUUUUUUCUGGUUCGUUGCCGCCUUGCACGUUCCUUCUCCCUCCCAAUCUUAUCUCCUAGCCGUAACCCUAACCCUAGUUUUCUCCCCUUCUCCCUCUUCCCCUCCAUCUAUCGUCGACCGUCUUCUGCAGUUCUCCUAGAUCCGCAAAUCCUGUCCUUCGAUUUCCAAAGUUAGCCUCCUCUCCCUCGUCUGAUUCUCACGAUUCAUCGUUCCCUUUCCACAGUUCCAUCGUUCGCGGAAUGGAUUAGAUCAUUUGAUUUCAUCUCGUCAUGGUCGUAUUCACCCGAUAGCUUCCUUCCUUCUGAGAUUUACGGAUUUGAAUACGUGCUCGGAGUCGAAACUGUUCAUCAUCGCUCAUCGGAAGGUUCAGAUCUAAGUUUUACUUAAUCAAUUCUCAGUGUUGCUGUUCUCUAUUGGAUGCAAUCGAGCGGUGUUGAGUGAGAGCAUGGGAGGAGAAGAAGAAGAAGGAGCCGUUUCUCUCGAGAUCCCAACGGAAGAAUCCGUGCCGGAGAGGCUCGAGCUUAAGAGGGAGCGUCUCCGUAACGAAGGAGAAGAGUCUCCCAGCAAGAAACAAGCCAAGGAGCCUUCCAACGACGACAUCGUCUCCGAGAUUUCGAACCCCGUCUCAUCCUCCCCCGUGGAAAACACCUCCCGGUUCCGCGGCGUCGUCGUCGUCUCAACCCAUCCGGUUAAAUCCGGUUCGGGUGAUUCUCCCGUCGUCGAGUGCAAUGAGGAGUUCGGGUCGGAAGAGACUGUGAGCGACGAAGAAGAACGGAGCGGGAACGUGGUAGCCGGUAGUCCUCCUCCGACGACGACGACGAAGGCGGAGCAGUUUGUGUUGGAGAUUCCGAAGCAUCUUAGCUCCACGGGAGUCACGAGGAUCACGUUUAAGCUGAGUAAACAGAAGGAUGUGCCCGUGGUGGUUAAGGAUCAUCAUGCAUGGGAUGAUGAUGAUGAGAAGUUGUUGUUGUUGCCGAAGAAGAAGAAGAAGGUUGUUGCUUCUUCUUCUAGCGGCGGCGGCUUCCCAUCUAAUGUGAAGAAGCUUUUGGCGACGGGUAUGCUCGACGGCGCUCCGGUGAAGUAUAUUUCACUCCCACGAGUGAGAGAGCUUCAGGGGGUAAUCCAUUCCGGUGGGUAUUUGUGUGGCUGUACCAAUUGCAAUUUCUCGAAACAAAGGGUUCUAAGUGCGUACGAGUUUGAGCAGCACGCUGGUGCGAAAACUAAGCAUCCUAAUAAUCAUAUAUUUCUGGAGAAUGGAAGGGCGGUGUAUAGCAUAGUUCAAGAACUGAAGACUGCUCCCCAAGGUGUUGUCGAGGAAGUGAUAAGGAAUGUAGCUGGUUCUGCUCUGUGUGAGGAGGGCUUUCAAGCUUGGAAAGCAAGUUUCCAACAGAGUAAUAGUAUUUCUGACAGGAACCGUAUCAUGGAACAGUCCCCUGUCAGUUAUAAUUGUCAAUCUCAUGAUGAAAGUCAGAGCCUUACUCCUUGCUCUCUGGAAAGCCAUUAUUAUCGAGAGAAAACAUACGAAACAGACGCAUUAUACGAGCCGAAGCGGAUAGCAAAGAAGAAGCUUUCUUCUCAUGUAUCUGGUACGGGUUGCCAUAAGAAAGUUACUGAAGGAAGCAAUAAAAAAAGGGACAAUGAUUUACAUCGGUUGGUGUUUAUGCCCAAUGGGUUACCGGACGGAACUGAAUUGGCCUACUAUGUUAAAACGCAGAAACUACUAGCGGGUUACAAGCAAGGAAAUGGUAUAGUAUGUAGCUGCUGCAAUAAAGAGAUUAGUCCUUCGCAAUUCGAAGCACAUGCUGGGAUGGCUGGUAGACGACAACCGUAUCGUCAUAUCUUUAUCUCUUCCGGAUUGUCUUUGCAUGACAUAGCAUUAUCAUUGGCAAAUGGACAAGUCAUCACAACCGGUGACAGUGAUGACAUGUGUUCUAUAUGUGGGGAUGGUGGAGAUUUGCUGCUUUGUGCUGGAUGCCCUCAAGCAUUCCAUACAGCUUGUUUAAAAUUCCAGUCUAUGCCUGAAGGUACAUGGUACUGUUCGAGCUGCAGUGAUGGAUCUGUAUCUAGUAAGAAGGCUACUGCCACUGGUCCUUCUGGCAACUCUAAGUCUAUCCUUAUAAGACUGUCGAGAGUCGUUAAAGCUCCAGAAAGCGAAAUUGGAGGCUGCGUGUUCUGCAGAUCCCAUGAUUUUAGCAUCGGAGUAUUUGAUGAACGGACUGUUAUUCUAUGUGACCAGUGUGAGAAAGAGUACCAUGUUGGUUGUCUGAGAGAGAAUGGGCUCUGUGAUUUAAAAGAAAUCCCGCAAGAGAAAUGGUUCUGCUGUAACGGCUGCAGCAGGAUUCACACGGCAGUUCAGAGUUCUGUUUCAUGCGGGCCACAAUUGAUUCCUGGACCUCUGUCAGACAUGAUACGCAGAAAAGACAGAGAAAAAGGAAUAAUUACGGAGGAUGGGGAUACAGUCGAAUGGAGGAUACUAAGUGGAAAAAGUCGAUACCCAGAGCAUCUGCCCUUGCUUUCACGAGCGGCUGUUAUCUUCAGGGAAUGUUUUGAUCCCAUUGUUGCAAAGUCUGGUCGUGAUCUCAUUCCUGUCAUGGUGUAUGGGAGAAAUAUAUCAGGUCAGGAGUUCGGAGGAAUGUACUGUUUGGUCCUGAUUGUAAAUUCUCUUGUUGUUUCUGCUGCGCUGCUGAGAAUAUUUGGUCAGCAAGUUGCUGAACUUCCUAUGGUAGCCACAAGCAGAGAGUACCAAGGAAGGGGAUACUUCCAAGGGCUGUUUGCUUGUGUGGAGAAUCUUCUUUCUUCUCUAAAUGUUGAGAACCUGGUCCUCCCAGCAGCUGAAGAAGCCGAGUCAAUAUGGACGAAUAAGUUUGGGUUUACAAAGAUGACUGAGCAGCAAUUGCAGAAUUACCAAAAGGAAGUACAGCUUACAGUCUUUAAAGGAACCUCAAUGCUGGAGAAGAAAGUACCAAAGAGUUUAUCAGAAUCAACAACUCUGCAGUGAUGGUUUUAAAAGAUUCGUCUGGAUUUUGUUGUUCGGAUCUUUCCCUCUUCUUUUAUUUUUUUGGAUGCUCUGCUCUUCAUGUGUGGGGGCUUUUGAUUUCUUUCUGUAAUGUUUUUGAAAAUAGUUUGUAGGUUGACAAAAAGGAGUUCUCAGAACAGUUCCAGGAUUGUAAAAAAAACCAAAGAAAACAAAAAAAUAAAUAGAACGGUGAUAAGGAUUUGUAAGACUUGUAGAAAAUAAAUCUUUUCAGUCUUAUUAGA